GAACGACAGACAGAUAGAUAGAGAGAUAGAUAGACAGACAGCACACAGAUAAAUAGAUUUUUUUUUUAUUAUUAAAAAUUGUAUUUAUUUUAUUUUAUUAAACAAUGUGUCCUGAGUUUGCAGGAUAAAUUAAUUUGCAUCGCCAGAGAUGCCUACUGCAUUUUUAAUUUUAAUUAAAUUUUUUACUGCCUGGGGUGCGUGCUGCAUGUACUGGUUUGCAUUUGUUAAAUAAAACCUUGGCUUCUUAUGUUUUCUCAUUGGAUCUUCUCACAUCCGCUUGACGGAUCCAGGCUAGUCGAAGUGCGUUAUGUCAUUUCCGCUCGUGUCUUAACAGGGAGGAGGUGGGGUGCUGAAAUGACAUUUGGCCCCACCAACCAAAGCAUAAUUCUCGGAGCCCCGUUGAUAAGGAGCAAUAAAGCGCUCUUGACAUCUGUCCAGGAAGUCGGAGACACAUAUCAGCCAGACAGCUGGCUAAACACCUUACGGUAAAAUGGCGGCGGGUAAUGUCAACCCGUUUAACGUGAGUGAUUCGGAGGAGGAAGCGGAGCAGAGGCAGGAUGGCGCGGACACCGAGCGCAGCCCGAGUGAUGAAGUGCAAGGCCACAGCCUGGGUCCCUUCUCCCCGCCGGCGUACUCCGAGCCAGCCGCUCUGCUGUCCAGCAGCCGAACCAGCCCGAGUGUGGACGGUAUCCCCGCUUCGGCCGCGGCGGUGGCUGGGAUCGGAGGAGGAGGCGCUGCUGAGAGUCGGGUGUCGCUGGAUGCGAUCGCCGCGCAGCUGCUCCGGGAUCAGUACAUCCUCACGGCCCUGGAGCUGCACACCGAGCUCCUGGAAGCCGGACGCGAGCUUCCUCGCCUGCGGGAUUAUUUCUCCAAUCCAGGCAACUUCGAGCGGCAGAGCGGAACUCCACCCGCUUCCAAAGAGCAAGGUGUCGGUCCUGGAGGUCCGCUUACUGUGCAGAUGCAGGAUAGAAAGAGGAGAAAAAAAGAUGCUCACAUGAGGGAUCGAGCUGGCAGCAUCAGUACAUUGGACUCCUUGGAUUUCGCACGUUAUUCAGAUGAUGGCAACAGGGAGUCGGACGAAAGAGUGGCAGUUCUGGAGUUUGAACUGCGGAAAGCCAGGGAGACCAUUCAGGCUCUGCGUGCCAACUUGACUCAGGCUGCAGAAUGUGAGAUUCCUUCUCAAGAGAGAAAAAACUACAAAUCCAGUCCUGAAAAUCAGGAACCUAUUCGCCCUCUUGAAAAGAGAGCCUUAAAUUUUUUAGUUAAUGAGUAUUUAUUGAAAAAUGAAUGUAAGUUGACGUCCAUCACAUUCUCUGAUGAAAAUGAUGAUCAGGAUUUUGAGUUGUGGGAUGACGUGGGUCUAAACAUUCCCAAACCUCCAGACCUAUUGCAGCUCUACAGGAACUGCGGGAACAGCCUGCCGUUGCAUCGGGAUACCGUGGAUGUGGCGGUCAGUGUGGACCCAAAUGACUUGCCUGGAGACUAUUUUACCCAGGAACCUGUGCAGCAAACUGAGGCUAUACAGCAGCAGCAGCAAGAGGAAGUGGUCCAGGAGCUGGAAUAUCAGAUCAGCCUGCUAAACAGUGAGAAAAAGAGUCUGGCUGAACAGAUUAAAAAGCUCCAAAGUGAUAUCCAGGUGCUUCAGAGGAAUGUUUCAUCAGAACCCACAUCUGCAGUGAAGUUGACUCCGUCUAAAGAAGACACUCCAUGUGGUAAACCCCCCCUAGACAAUGGACAGUACUUGGACAUACGAGGGGUCACCGAAACUGACAGCUCCUCGGAUGCCAACACUACAAAGACCUCAACUACUACUGCUACUACUGACUGCACUGAAAGCACCACUACUGCUACACAACCUCACAGCAAACUAAAGUCUCAGAGUCAGCAGGGUAAAACCUCUGUGCAAUUUGACCAGCCCAACAGAAAGCUGUCUCCGGCCUUCCACCAAGCACUUUUGUCCUUCUGUCGAAUGUCUACUGACAGUAGGCUGGGCUCAGAGGUGUCUCGAAUAGCUGACAGCGAGCAGAGCGUCAUGCUCAUGCUGGGCCGCUGUCUGCCACACAUCGUACCCAACGUCCUGCUGGCCAAGCGAGAGAGAAUGGUUGUGCACCUCUGUCAGGAGUUGAUCCCUCUCAUUCUGUGUACGGCCUGCCUGCAUCCCGAUCCCAAAGAAAGAGACCAGCUACUGCACAUCCUCUUUAAUCUUAUCAAGAGACCUGACGAUGAGCAGAGGCAGAUGAUUCUGACCGGGUGUGUGGCAUUCGCCCAACAUGUGGGUCCCACUCGGGUGGAAGCCGAACUCUUGCCACAGUGCUGGGAACAGAUCAACCACAAGUAUCCAGAGAGAAGACUUCUGGUGGCGGAAGCAUGUGGAGCUCUGGCCCCUUAUUUACCCUCACAGUUAGUGAUCGCUGAAACACUAGACGUCCAAGAACACUCUAGCAAAACUGCGUGUCAGAUGUUUACUCACUUCCUCAAGGAGAUCCGAAGCUCUCUGGUUCUGUCCAUGCUCCAGCAAAUGUUGGCGGAAGAUAAAGCCGAUAUGGUCCGAGAGGCUGUGGUGAAAAGUUUGGGCAUCAUAAUGGGCUACAUUGACGACCCAGACAAAUACUCCCAGGGCUUUGAGCUGAUGCUGUUGUCUCUGGGCGACCCAUCAGAGAGGGUGGUCAGUGCCACCCACCAAGUGUUCAUUCCUGCUUUCGCUGCCUGGUGCACAGAACUGGGCAACUUACAGUCCCAGCUCAUCCCCUCGCUCCUCACACGCAUCGAGAAGCUGCUCAAGCAGGGUGAAUAUGGUCUAGAUGAGCACAAGCUGCACAUGUAUCUGUCAGCGCUUCAGUCCCUCAUCCCGUCUCUGUUUGCGGUGCUGCUUCAGAACGCCCCCUUCACCAGCCGAGCCAAACUACAGGGAGACGUGCCUCCAAUCGAGGUGACCCGGUUCCCUCGGCCUGCCUCCCCGUUGCAGGACGUGGCCACCAUCGUGGGCAGCCGAGAGCAGUUGGCAGUUCUGCUGCAGUUAUAUGAUCAUCAGCUCCAGCAUGAAGGAACUACAGGAUGGGACAGUUUGCUCUGGGUCGUCAACCAGUUUUUACCACAGCUUAUAGAGAUUGUAGGACGCAUCAACGUCACCUCAUCCACCUGUGUGCACGAGUUCUCCAAGUUCUUCUGGAGAUUAUGUCGAACCUUUGGGAAAAUCUUUACCAACACUAAGGUAAAACCUCAAUUCCAAGAAAUCCUGCGGCUAUCUGAGGAGAAUGUGGACGCCUCUGCAGGAAAUGGCAUCCUUACAAAGGCUACGGUGCCGAUCUAUGCAACCGGAGUCCUGACGUGCUACAAUCAGGAGGAGGACCGCAAACUCUUGAUCGGCUUUCUUGAGGAUGUCAUGACCACGCUGUCUCUCUCCCAUGCUCCCCUUGACAGUCUAAAGGCUUCAUUUGUAGAGCUGGGGGCAAACCCAGCAUUUCAUGAGCUUCUACUGACGGUGCUUUGGUAUGGAGUGGUCCAUACAUCUGCACUGGUACGCUGCACUGCAGCACGCAUGUUUGAGCUGUUGGUGAAGGGGGUGAAUGAAACUCUAGUAGCUCAGAGAGUUGUUCCAGCACUUAUCACUCUCUCCAGUGAUCCUGAAAUCUCAGUGAGGAUCUCAACAAUACCUGCUUUUGGAACUAUCAUGGAAACUGUAACGCAAAAAGAGCUGCUAGAGAGGGUGAAAAUGCAGCUGGCCUCUUUUCUGGAAGACCCCCAGUAUCAGGACCAGCAUUCUUUGCACAUGGAAAUCAUCAAAACCUUUGGAAGAGUCGGACCCAACGCAGAGCCACGCUUCAGAGAUGAAUUUGUUCUUCCUCAUUUGCACAAACUGGCACUGUGCAACAACCAGCAGACAGUGGAGAGUAAAAGGAUUGACAUUGCCACUCAACUGUUUGAGGCAUACAGCGCCUUGUCCUGCUGUUUUAUUUCUGAAGAACUCAUGGUGAAUCAUUUCCUCCCUGGACUGAGAUGUUUGAAGACCGAUAUGGAGCAGCUCUCUCCAGAGCAUGAGGUUAUUCUCAGUUCCAUGAUAAAGGAGUGUGAAAUAAAGGUGGAGAACAAAGCCAUUGGAGAGGCACAAGGGUCCAUCUCUAUUGCAGCGAGUCUGGUGGGUGAGGACGCAAAGACCAAGUUUCUAAGUAAGAUGGGCCAGCUGACCACCUCAGGUGCCAUGCUGGCAAAUGUUUUCCAGAGAAAGAAAUGAGAGCUGCUUUGGGUGUUUCCCAUGAACCCUCCACUUUCUGGGAUCUCCUACUUGAAGUCAAUUGUCUGCCUUUUUGUUCAUUGAUUUAAUAGGCUAUAUUUUUAACAUAUUUAUGUCUUAAAUUUGUUCCAGCCUCCAAAGAAAUUUGCACUCAUGUUUCAAUGUUUCCUUUUUUUUUUCUCUCUCUCUCUCUCGAUUUUAUUUCUAAGGCUUAUUUGCAUCACUACACUGUUUUUGGUUUGUUUUUUGGACAAUGUGAACUUUAUGUAAUCAAAACAAUGAUUGCUUCCUCGUCUUGUUGUCUUUUAUGUGUUGCUGUGUCUCUGGAGAAUAUUUUCUAUGAGUGUGUAAAAUUGUCUGGGGUUUUGUUUCUCUUAUUUUGGAUAUGCUCCAACAGUAAAUAACUGUAAAAUACAGUGAAUCGAGAGAACAGGACCCAUCAUCAUGUAUAUUUGAAAAUCCGUGUCAUAAGAUAAUAAAAAGUGAAGACCACUUACUCA